UGCCUUUCUAUGCCAAAAGGCUGGCUUCAUUUUAUCCUUCUAGGAGCUUGCAUUUCAAGAUGGAGAACAACACAUCUGAACAAGGGUAUUUUGUUGCUCGGCCAGUGUAUUGCAAACCUUUGUUUGAAACUGACAAUGAGCGAAAACUGAGGAUUUCAAAAACCUUGAAGGAAAGAUUUCGGAAUUCAUGCAGCUGUUCAUCCAAAAGGGCCAAGCAGAUAUUUCAGACGUUUUUCCCAAUAUGUGACUGGUUACCUAAUUAUAAAGUAAAGGAAUGGCUGAUUAGUGACAUCAUCUCUGGGGUCACAACAGGACUUGUAGCAUGCUUACAAGGUCUGGCAUUUGCCCUGCUUGCUUCAGUUCCACCUGUCUACGGUCUUUAUUCUUCAUUCUUUCCUAUUUUGACAUAUUUCUUCCUUGGAACCUCAAGACAUAUUUCUGUCGGUCCAUUUCCUGUUACUUCUUUGAUGGUUGGUUUAGCAAUUCUCUCCCUUUCUCCGGACUCUAAUUACAUGAUCUCAUCAGCUGCCUCAUCUAACAGUUCUUUUUCGAAUACCACAAAAUUAGUCAAUACCACUGCAAGGGAUGCUGACAGAGUGAUGCUGUCCUACACCAUGACAUACCUCAUUGGAUUUUACCAGCUUGGAAUGGGUAUACUUCAGAUUGGAUUUUUGGUGAGAUACCUUUCAGACCCAUUAGUGGGUGGAUUUACAACAGCAGCAGCAUUUCAAGUAUUUGUUAGCCAGUUCAAAGCAUUGCUUUCUGUACCAGCAAACAACUAUAAUGGAAUUCUUUCAAUCAUACUUACGAUCAUUGACAUUUUUAAAAACAUUGGCCAAACCAACAUAGCAGAUUUAAUUGCUGGUCUUAUAACACUAGUAGUUGUGACAGUGGUAAAGGAAAUCAAUGACCGAUACAAGCACAAGAUUCCUGUGCCCAUUCCUAUAGAAGUCAUAGUGGCCAUUAUAGCCACAGGAGUAUCAUAUGGAGCAAAUCUUAAUGCAAAAUACAAUGCCAACAUAAUGAAGACUAUUCCUGGAGGGUUUUUGCCUCCUAAAUCUCCCAAUACUAGCAUGAUGUCGGAGGUUGCAACCUCUGCCUUUUCAAUUGGUAUCGUGGGGUAUGCCGUUUCUGUUUCAGUGGCUAAAGUGUAUGCAGCAAAACAUGGCUAUAAAAUCAAUGGCAAUCAGGAACUUAUUGCAUUUGGGAUCAGCAAUAUAUUUUCUGGUGCGUUCUCUUGUUUUAUUGCCACAACAUCACUGUCACGGACUGCUGUCCAGGAGAGCACAGGUGGAAAGACUCAAGUUGCAGGAAUUAUCUCUGCAUUUAUAGUGAUGAUUGUCGUUUUUGCUUUGGGUCCUUUGCUACAGCCAUUACAGAAGUCUGUUCUGGCAGCCAUCGUCAUUGCCAACCUGAAAGGAAUGUUCAUGCAAGUCUUUGAUAUCCCUGUUCUUUGGCGGCAGAAUAAAGUUGACUCAGUCAUCUGGGUUUUUACAUGCAUUGUAUGUAUUAUCCUGGGCCUAGAUAUUGGUCUUCUUACAAGCAUUGUGUUCGAACUGGCCACUGUUGUUGUGCGAACACAGUUCCCAACUUGUGAAGCUCUUGGAAACCUACCUGGCACAGAAUUAUACAAGAACAUAAAGGACUACAAGAAUAUUCCAGAAGUACCAGGAAUAAAGAUUUUCAGAUGCAGUUCACCACUUUAUUUUGCCAACAUGGACUAUUUCAAGGACAGAUUGAAUGCAGUGGUGGGAUUUGAUCCUGUCCGAGUAUUCAACAAGAGAAAUAAAGCUCUGAGGCAAAUCCACAAUCUUAUUAAAAAGGGACAGCUAAAACCCACAAAGAAUGGAGUUGUGAAUGGAGGUGGUGUUGACAAUGAUGCAUUUGAAAUGGAGGAAGACCCUGAGCAGUCAGAAGAAAUCGAUAUACCUACAAAAGAAGUUGAUAUCCAAGUGGACUGGAGUAAAGAGCUCCCAGUAAAAGUUGGAGUACCAAAAGUUAACAUCCACAGCGUCAUCUUUGAUUUUGGAGCCAUAUCAUUCUUAGAUGUUGUAUCAGUGAAAUCCUUGAAACUGAUCCUUAAGGAAUUCCAGAGAAUUAGUGUCAGUGUUUAUAUUGCUGGAUGUGACGAUGAAAUUAUUUAUAAGCUGGAAACAUGUGGCUUCUUUGAUGAGUCUGUUAAGAAAGAUAUUGUUUUCAUGACUGUGCAUGAUGCAGUCCUCUUUGUAAAGAUGCAAGUAGCAUAUGGCAACACCCAGGAUCCAAUAUUUGAAAAGAUUUCAUUAAUGCAGGAUUCUAAAGAGCCUAUGUACACUGAACCUGACGAACCACAAGAAACCUAUGACAAUCAGUAUCGGGCGAUACAUGGACUAGCCUUCUAAGCAAGAAAUUUUUUUUUUGAAUAAAAAGAUAAUUAAUUAUUCUCACCCUCAAAACUGCCCAAUUAUCUUGAUAAGGCAGCUUUUGCAGAGAAGGCUCAGAAACUGCAAACUCCCCCACCUCCCAGGAAGCUGUUUUGGUUUGAAUUCCACAAAGCGUCUUUGUUACAUUUUUUUCCCUUUCAAUUUACCAGAAUCUGAUAGGGAUCCCACAGGAUGUCCAAGGUAAUCCAGCUGUUAUGUAUCCAAAUUUGUCAAAGGAUUUGCUUUGUUCAGUGAGUCUUCUAGCUCAGAUAACAUCCUGAUGAAACAUGUACCAUAAUAAGUGCAAAUCAAGGCCUUGAAAAGAUCAUGGGAUUUGGACUGGAAAAGCAACAUACUUUAAACGGGUGUUUGAAAUCAUGUUUAAGUGUUCUUGUAAUUUUUUUGCCAUAAAUUAUUUUCCAGUUUAUAGCUCUUAAUAUUAUGCUAGCAUUUUUGUGGUAUAUAGCAAAUACAUAAUACGUCCUUAAGUAAUACUAGUGAAAGCAAAGAGGGCAAUCUAACAAUUAUUAAACACUCUUAUUUGCAUUUACAGUAAUAGAUUUUCAAUUUACUUCAAUUGGACAGUCAUGUCUUUGAUCAAACAUAGAUUGAAUGUAGAUGGAGUGCUUACACUAUUUAGAAUGGAGCUGUGGGAGAUAUCCUGGUUGAUGGUGAAAACUAUCAAACACUCACAAGCCCUCACACAUAGUGCCAAAAAGGCAGAUAUACCAGAGACUGUGACUGAGCUGAAGAUGAGAUUUUAGGAAAAGCAGACAGAUAUGAAAAGUGUGCUGUUAGAUUUAAAGGAAAGGAAUCAUUAUUGAUCUUGGGUUCUUCUUAUAAAAGACCGCAAUAUUUUUUCAAUAGACAACUUAUCAAAGUGGCUCUACUGGCUAAAACACUAUGCCUUCUGAAAAUAAAGUGAUUUCAAAUACAUUUUCAUUUCCUUUUGGCUUUCCUCCCACUUUUUAGCAACACUUCUUGACUUCUAUAAGUUGGUCACUACUUAAUCCCAUUUGGGAAAACGCUCCUCCCUUAAACUCAGUGUUGUUGUGAUAGGGACCCUGUGUUGGAAAAAUUUGGCUCAAAUAAUGGAUGAAUGCAUUUUCUUCUUUUAAAGACUCACUGGUGUUCUUCACACCUAGUAUUAAGAAACAUUUUUAGUGAACCAAUCUCGAUCAUAUAACACUUUAUCACAUUCCAGGUAUAAAUGAACUUGUGAUUGGAUCACUCAUGCCAGAUUUCGAGAUGAUCAGGAAUGGGCAGCCACCACAAGUGUAAACAUAAAUGCAUUUUCUAUAUGCAUAAAACACAGGCAGAAUCUGAUUUGAAUUUUGUGUGUAGAAGGUGACAUUAGGCACUUGUGGACAGGAUACAGACAAUGGAGAAACAUUUUAAAGGCAAGGGUAAUCUGCCUAAAUUAUAUCCAGAUAUGAUGCAGAUUCAAAACACAUGUUAAUACCCGAUGUAAAGACAAGCAUUCAAAUUACCACCUGAAUAGCAAUAUGGUCACUUUAAACAAUAAAUGAAUCACUACACUUACAUAACGAUUGAAAAUAUACCUUUAAAAUAUAAUUGUUUCACAUCUGUUUCCUUAAGCCUUACGCCCUGUGUUGGCUGGGAUUGGCUCCAGCAGACCUCCAUGACCCUGUGUUAGGAUAUAGCGGGUAGGGUAAUGACGGACUGACUGUUUCCUUAACCCACUUAUUAACGUAACAAAUGUAAAAUAGAGAACCUACUUAUCAUAGCAAGUCAAUACCUACAGAAAUUUCA